ACACUCACAAACAACACUACUCUCUCCUCAUUUGCCAUACCACCCUCUCUCUCUCACACACACACACAACAAAUCACAAUCAUUAUUCUCUCUCACUACUUUUACCCUCCCUUACAACUGCCUCAAAUUCCAUAUACCACUACUUUUACAGCAUGCUCUACUCUAUCACACUAAUUUCCUAAUUAAGCACACUCCUUAACCAUAAUAUUAACAACAUCUUUAAAUUUUGUUAUCUUGUGUGUCCUUUUUUGUGGUAACUAACUACUCAAAAACACACACUUUUUUUCUUGGAGGAACCAACAACCUCGUCGUUUUCCUUCUUCUUGUUUUCUUCUUACUCACUCUCCUCAACACAACACCAAUAAUAAUAUUAACUAUAAAUCUUGUUUUACCAUCAUUGCAUUUGCUUUAUCAUUCUCUUUUUUAAUUCUAAAUAAGCGUUGCUACUAGUAUCACAUUGCAUUGAUUUCUGAGAAAGUAGAACAACAACAAAUGAAUGCUAGACCACGCUCAACUCUUCACUCAAUCAAAUCUUCUUUCAAUGAUGCCAAAAAGGAGAAGAAGAUGGAGGUUGGAGGAAGCAAAGGAAUGAAAAACGGUCGUCGAUCUAAUCGAGAAAAGAAGAUUGCAUUGCUACAAGAUGUAGAUAAGUUGAAGAGGAAGCUUAGACAUGAAGAGAAUGUUCAUAGAGCUUUAGAAAGAGCUUUUACAAGACCUUUGGGAUCUUUACCUCGUCUUCCUCCUUAUCUUCCUCCAUAUACAUUGGAGCUUCUUGCUGAGGUAGCAGUGUUGGAGGAAGAAGUUGUUAGGCUUGAAGAACAAGUAGUGAAUUUCAGACAAGGUUUAUAUCAAGAAGCUGUGUACAUUUCCUCCAAAAGAAAUGCCGAAAAUUCGAAUGAUUCUAUUGAUCAAAACCACAUGAGAAAUAGUAGUUCAAAGCAUCAAAGAUCAAAAUCUUAUUCACAAAAUGAGUUUAAUUCAAUGACACCAAUAAGGAUGACACCACAGAAUUCUCUUGCCAGAAGUGCUUCCAGCAGGAAGCUACUAUUCUCUCCUGACAGUGUCAAUAAUCACAGUGGGAUGAGUAAUGGGAAGCAAUUGCACAGAAAACAAGAUUCAUUCUCGUCUAUCCAAGAAGAGGGAAGAGGAAAAGAGAAUCUUUUGUUUGGUAACUUUCUGAAAGAUAAACAGUCUCCGGUGAAGAAAAUAUCCAAACUCAUUACUCCGUUAAAGAAAUCACCACACAAACACGAAUCGGCCCAGAAGUCCAUGGAUCACUUGAAAUUGCAGCUGGAUUGGAGAUUAUCAGAACAUGAAAGGGCACAAAGUUCUUCAAAUUCGCCAGCAGAUAAUAAAGUGUCAGAAGUCGAUAGCACGCCAAAUAGAGUUUCGGAGGAUCUUGUCAAGUGUUUGUCUAACAUAUUUGUGAGAAUUAGUACAUCCAAGGACAAAUUCAUGGAACCGAAAACUCCUUCAACCUCAGGAUCAUCUUUCAACCAAUACAGCAAGGAAAAGGAUCAGUUUUGUGAUCCUUAUGAUAUCUGCUCAGAAUCCAAAACAAGAGAAGUUGGUCCAUAUAAGAGUUUAUGCGAAGUUAAAGCCUCUACUGUCGAUCUCAACAAAACAACAAAUGCGAUGUUUCUUAUCCACAGAUUGAAGUUUCUUCUUGGGAAACUUUCCUCGGUGAACUUGAAGAGCCUUAACCAUCAAGAAAAACUUGCAUUCUGGAUAAACACAUACAAUUCAUCUAUUCUAAAUGCAUACUUAGAACAUGGCAUACCGGGAAGUCCUGAAAUGGUUGUAGCACUAAUGCAAAAGGCAACAAUAGUAGUCGGGGGACAGUUGCUGAACGCGAUCACAAUAGAACAUUUUAUCUUGAGACUACCAUAUCACCUUAAAUUCACAUGUCCGAAAGCUGCAAAAAAUGAUGAAGUGAAAGCAAGAAGCAUAUUUGGCCUGGAAUGGUCUGAGCCCUUAGUAACAUUUGCACUUUCAUGCGGAAGCUGGUCUUCACCCGCAGUGAGGGUGUAUACAGCAGCACAAGUUGAUAAUGAGUUAGAAGCAGCAAAAAGAGAUUAUUUACAAGCUUCAAUUGGAAUCACAAAAUCAAACAAGAUAAUAAUUCCAAAGUUGUUGGAUUGGUAUUUACUAGAUUUUGCAAAGGAUCUUGAUUCUUUAUUGGACUGGAUUUGUCUACAACUACCUGAUGAAAUAAGAAACCAAGCAGUUAAAUGCCUUGAAGGAAAAGAAAGAGACUCUCUUUCAAACAUGGUACAAAUGAAGCCUUAUGAUUUUAGUUUCAGGUUGCUUUUACACACCAAUGAAUAAACCAUUGGUGUGGUGAAGUUUUUUUUUUUUGGUAUAUCGGAUAAUUCACAUAGAAAAUAGAAAAAUCAAAACAUGUAAUAAUGUAUUAAACAUUACACUUUCAAACGUUCGUCUGAAAAUACACUUUUGAAUUUCGGAAAGUACACCAGAAGUCAUAUUCUGGUGUAGAGAUUUACUUCCUAAAUUUUCUCAUUUGGGAAUUAGUUUUGGUGUUUUUGGUUAUGGUCAUUGUUUAGACAAUAUACAUAGAUAUUGAGGUUUCUUAGAGUUUCAUUUGGCUGCAAACAUUUUGGAUUUGGAAUGAUUUCACAUAUUGCUUUAA